AUGUCGACUUUUGGGAGUGGCCGGGGCGCGGCAGUUUGUGUGUCGGUGGUGUUUUUCACAAAAACGUCGCGACUGACUCGUUUUCGAUGGGAGUGUCGCCGACACGUGGAGAAGAAAAGGGGCAGUGCGCGAGCAAGCGAACAGGUGGAAAACUCACGGAAGCGUCUUAUGACCAAUGAGCGACGGGCCCUACCCCUGUCAAGGUGUCGACGGGUAGAGACCGAACGGACGGAGGGAGUGUACCACACCCGAGUCCGAGUCAACUCGUGUCGCGACUGGUUUCUGACCGACGCGGUCGUGCCAAGUCUAGUUUUGUUUUUAUUUCAGACGCAAAAAAGCGAUUCUCGAGGUCGCUAG